GAGCCUGCGCUAGCACUUCCGGGGUCGGUGCAGGAAAAGGGGUGGGGGCAGGUUUGAUACCGAAAACAACACCGCGCUCCUAUUCUGUGUAAAAGAGCUGCAGAAGUUUGGUGAAGGUUUAGGGUUCGGAGUUCAAGGCGGAAUAAAGGAGCUCUUAAACGGACAGGAUGAAUUUCUUCAGGGGUGUGAUGGGAGGACAGAGCGCCGGGACGCAGCCCUCUGGUGUGGAGACUAUCCAGAAGCUGUGUGACCGCGUGGCCUCGUCCACUCUGCUGGAGGACCGCAGAGAUGCCGUCCGUGCACUCAAGUCCCUCUCUAAGAAGUACCGUAUGGAGGUGGGGUCUCAGGCCAUGGAGCAUCUGGUCCGUAUAUUACAGUCAGACAGGUCUGACUCUGAGAUCCUGGGUUAUGCCCUGGACACGCUGUAUAACAUCAUCUGUAAUGAAGAAGAAGAGGAACAAGAUGAAUCAGAAGAUGAUGGACAGAGGAGGCAGGAGGAUGAUGUUGGUGUUCAGUUUGCUGAUAAGUUUAUUCAGGAUCAGGAGAACGUCACACUGCUGCUCUCUCUGCUCGAGGAGUUUGAUUUCCAUGUGCGCUGGCCUGGUGUGAAGCUCCUGACAGCUUUAUUGAAAUGUCAGUGUGCUCAGGUUCAGGGCAUCAUCCUCAUCAGCCCUAUGGGCGUGUCCAGGUUGAUGGAUUUACUUGCUGACUCCAGGGAAGUGAUCCGUAAUGAUGGUCUCCUCCUGCUGCAGCAGCUGACUAAAGGAAACGCUGCCAUCCAGAAGAUUGUAGCGUUUGAGAAUGCUUUUGAGAGACUGCUGGACAUCAUCACUGAGGAGGGGACGAGCGACGGAGGCAUCGUGGUGGAGGACUGUUUGCUCCUGCUGCUGAACCUUCUGAAGAACAACAGCUCCAAUCAGAACUUCUUUAAGGAGGGUUCUUUUAUCCAAAGGAUGAAGCAGUGGUUCCAGCUAGGGGAGGAGAGUGGGGGGGGCUGGUCUGCUCAGAAAGUCACCAACCUACACCUCAUGCUGCAGCUGGUGCGUGUGAUGGUGUCUCCGGUGAAUUCUCCCGGAGCGACGGCCAGCUGUCAGAAGUCCAUGUUCCAGUGUGGUCUGUUACAGCAGCUCUGUACCAUACUGAUGGCUACUGGUGUUCCUGCUGAUAUCCUCACUGAGACGAUCAACACUGUGUCAGAGGUCAUCCGUGGCUCACAGGUCAAUCAGGAUUACUUUGCCUCAGUGAACGCUCCAUCCAACCCGCCACGGCCUGCUAUUGUGGUGCUGUUGAUGUCGAUGGUGAACGAGCGUCAGCCCUUCGUCCUGCGCUGUGCUGUGCUGUACUGCUUCCAGUGUUUCCUCUACAAGAACCAUAAAGGACAGGCUGAGAUCGUGUCCACUCUGCUGCCCUCUACUAUAGAUGCUCAGUCAAUCUCAGCCGGUCAGUUGCUGUGUGGAGGUCUGUUUUCGGCGGACUCGCUCUCUAACUGGUGUGCGUCAGUAGCGUUAGCACACGCUCUACACGAUAACUCCAACCAGAAGGAGCAGCUGCUGAGGGUUCAGCUGGCCACCAGUCUGGGCAAACCCCCCAUCUCUCUACUGCAGCAGUGCACCAACAUCCUGUCCCAGGGUGAUAAGAUCAGCCGAAAGGCUGAAUCUGAACAGGUGAAGAUCAAGGGCAGUAAGGUUCAGACGAGAGUGGGUCUCCUGAUGCUGCUGUGCACAUGGAUCAGUAACUGCCCCAUCGCUGUCACACACUUCCUCCACAACCAGGAAAACGUCCCCUUUCUGACGGCUCAGAUCUCAGAGAACCUGGGUGAGGAUGAGAGACUGGUGCAGGGUCUGUGUGCUCUUCUACUGGGAAUCUGUAUCUACUACAACGACAACUCACUGGAGAACUACACCAAAGAGAAGCUGAAGCAGCUGAUUGAGAAGAGAAUCGGGAAAGAAAACUUUGUGGAAAAGCUCGGCUUCAUCACCAAACACGAGCUGUACUCACGCGCCGCUCAGAAACCUCAGCCCACCUUCUCCACCCCGGAGCACAUGCUGUUUGACCAUGAGUUCACCAAACUGGUCAAGGAGCUCGAGGGUGUGAUAACAAAGGCUGUACACAAGUCCAGUGAGGAAGAGAAGAAGGAGGAAGAGGUGAAGAAAACACUAGAGCAGCAUGACAGCAUCGUCACUCAGUACAAAGAGCUGAUAAGAGAACAGGAUGCUCAGAUAACAGAGCUGAAGGAGCAGGUGUCAGCACUGGUGUGUCAGAAGGAGCAGAUGGACAACACCAUCACACAACAACAGUCUCAGAUACAACAACACAAAGACCAGUACAACAUUCUCAAACUCAAACUGGGUAAAGAUGGAGCAGUGUCUCAGGCUGAUGUUCAGGUGAAUGGUGUUCAGUUGGAGGAGCUCACUGCACUCAGACUGGAGCUGGAGGAGCUACGCACACAACACACACUGCUGCAGACACAACUCACCGAGAAGGACACACUCAUCAACAGUCUGAAAGCAGAAGCAGCUCAGUCUGCAGAAAGGCCAGCACCUGCAUCAGAAAACACAGAACUACUGAAGGAAGUGGAGUCUCUGCGUGUGCAGGUUCAGAGUCAGCAGGAUGAGAUCUCACAGCUGCAGAGUGAGAGACAGGAGCUACAGCGGAGAACCCAGACUGUGUCGGGUUCCAGCAGUGACGGAGAAUCGGCUAAACUCAGGGAGCUGGAGAAGAGACUGACCACACAGACCACAGAAACACAUCGACUACAGGAGGAGCUCCGGACUCACUCAGAGAGCAGGACACAGUUGGAGAAGGAGUUAGCGGCGGCUAACAGCACGGUGGUCAUCCUGCAGACGGAGAAAACUAAACUCCAACAGGAAGUGGGCGAGUCGAAGAAGGAGCAGGACGACCUGCUGAUGCUCCUCGCUGACCAGGACCAGAAAAUCCUCUUUCUCAAACAGAAACUGAAAGACCUCGGAGAGCCGAUCGAGGAUGAGGAUGAUCUGGAUGCGAGGGACCAGUCUGAUGAAGAAGAUGAUGAUGAAGAGGAGGAAGAUGAUGAGUAGAGAGAGACUCAGGGGAAUAAGCGUUUAAUCCUGACACUAACGAGACUAGCCGGAGAUGACCGCUCCGAUUUCUUGCUGCAGAAUCAUCUGAUCCUUUGGGUUUUUUUUUGUUUGUUUUUUGUUUUUUUUUUCUUUUAUUUGUUUAUUUCCUGUUUGCUAAAGCCACUUCCUCAUCCUGUUUAUAAUCACAACAUUGUCUAGUGGAGCAAUUCCAUUAAAAAUGCUGAUGUGGCUAGCAGCGACUGGACUCUAGGAGCUACAGAUUAGCAUGAUACCUGCUGAGUAUUUUUCUUCUCUUCUCUUUUUUUUUUUAAAAAUUCAUUCAGUUGAACAUCGUUUAGCAAAAUAGUUCCACAGAGCCGGUGCUGCUAACAAAUAUCGUUAGCCACCAAUCAGGAAACGCUGCUACUGAGAAGUGUACUCUAAUAGCCGCCAGCUAGCAUGUGAUCUCUUUGUUUUCCAUUCAUUAGCAACAUUAGCAUGUUCAACUGUUUUAAAAUGUUACUAUUAACAGGAAGUUAGCAUUUGUUUGUUCGACUAUAAGCUUUAAAUCAUUGCUAGCAUCGUUAGCAUUUGGACGGAAAUAUUACAAUAUAAAAAUGUACAUAAACGACAACAGUAGAAUGUUCAUACAGAUAAAUCACGCUAAUGUUGCUAAGUGUGAAGACUCAGGCAUGGUGUCAUGGCAUGGGUACUGAACUGUCGCGCUAAACGAUGCUUCAACUCCACAAUAUUUGUUCAUUUCAAGAGAAGAAACUUUUCAAUCUAUAAUAAUAAAAAAAAUAUGGAAAAUUUUAACUGUGAAUAAAUGACAAACAACAGAAGUUAUGUUUUAAAAAUGCUAAUGUUGCUAACAAUAAACGGAAGCUCAUA